GUGACGUGAAAGCACACACGUUUUUGGAGCUCCCACCUGUCAUUUAAUCACGUUGAGUCUGAUGGCAAGAUUUAUGUCAGACACUCACACAGACGGACACUGAUCUCUGGUUUUUCCCUUGGUUGCCCACUUUCCUGCCUCCACCACGUGCCCUGCCCCUCGUGUUCUGGUUGUUUUUUUCAUUCAUUCAGAUGCAGGAGAUAAUACAAAUGUGCAGCAGCUUUGACGGCACCAAGUCCACAAAAGGCGCCUCCAAGAUGAGACGGGACAUGAUAAACGCCGAGAUCUGUCAACUGCGAGAUCUCCUACCGCUGCCACCAUCUACGCGCCAACGCCUGUCCCAGCUGCAGCUCAUGGCCCUCGUCUGCGUCUACGUCAGGAAGAGUAACUACUUCCAGCAAGUUUUCAAGGAACAAGAACAAAAUUUGAGUCCAACACCGAACUUGGGAUUCUCAAAAGCGAUGAACGGGUUCAUCAUGAUGCUGACACAGGGCGGCAAGCUUCUCUACAUCUCAGACAACGCUGCAGAGUACUUGGGUCACUCCAUGGAGGACCUGCUGAUCCACGGGGACAGCGUGUACGACAUCAUUGACAAGCAGGACCACGCCGCCGUGCAGGCCGAGCUGGUGCGCGCCGCGGCGGCCUCGCAGCAGCACCACCACCACCACCACGCCCACCACCACCACCAGGGCGGUGGCGGCGGCGGGGGCGUGGGUGUGGGGGCGGGGAUGGGGCUGGGUCUGGGUCUGGGCGAGGACCACCGGCUGUUCCUGUGUCGCAUGAACGUGUCCCGCAACGCGCGGCGUCAGAUGCGGUUCGGGGACCAGAAGGUGGUGCUGGUGGCGGGCCACUACUUGUCCUACCUGCCGCUGUGCUCGCGCAACGAGCCCGUCUUCCUGGCGCACUGCACGCCCGUGGCCAUGCCGGAGACGCGCGAGAGCGUCGUGCAGGGCGCCACCAACGUCUUCACCUCCGUGCACACGCUCGACAUGAAGUUCAUCUCGCUCGACAGGAACGGUGAGUUCUACCUCGGAUACUCGCGGUCGUCGCUGUCCGGCGUGUCGUGGUACCACCUGCUGCACCCUGAGAACAUGCGCGAGGCUCAGACCAAACACCGCCUCAUCACCACGAGCGAGCAGGACCGCGCGUGCAUCCUGCUGGUGCGGCUGCAGGCGGCGGGAGGCACGUGGCGCUGGGUGCACUGCGUCCUGCAGGUGAAGGACGCCGCCGACUCCACCCACACGCAGCCAGCGGCAGGCGGCGCCGGCGGCGGAGGCGUUGGUGGUGGAGGUGGAGGAGGCGGCGGGGGCAGCCAGACUCAACAGACACAGCAGACACAGCAGCAGGCGACGCAGCAGCAGCAGCAGCAGCAGCAGCCAGUGAUCGUGGCCACCAACCAGGUGGUGGGAGAGCGCGAGGCGGCGGUGCUGCGCGCCAACGCCUGGCUCUACCACUACUACACCGUGCACUCCAAGCUGCAGUACGGCCUCGCCUACGACGCCGCCGCCGCCCACGCCGCCGCGCACGCCGCCGCCACCGCCCACCGCGUGCACGCCUACUACCCGCCCGUCGUCACCUAUCAGACGGACGCCGCAGCGGCUCCCUACCUGCCCUCCACGGCACUCACCAGCGGCGCCAGCCACCUGCACGCCGCCACGCCCGCCGCGGCGCCGCACCCGCUGUCUUCAGCCUACGCCGCGGCGCAGCUGCAGCACUACCAUCAUCACCACCACCACCACCACCACUACUCAUCACGCCAGCAGCAGCAGCAACAACACCAGCACCAGCACCAGCAGCAGCAGCACCACCACCACCCACAGACGCCGGCGCCAGGCGGCCUCGACUACCCCAGGGACGGCGCCCCCGCCUGGGGCUCUCCCGACGCGCCUGCACACACGCACGCCCACGCUGCUACCCUCGCGCCCGCGCCCGCGCACCGCCCGGGCAAGAAGGGCUCCUCGCCCCUCGCCUCGCCUCGCCGCUCGCCGCUCACACCCGUGGCGGCGGCGGUGGCGGAGGGCGGCGGCGGCGUGGCGGUGGCGACACCCGUGGCGGUGCGGGUGGCAUCCCGCGGGACACACAAGGGCGCGGCAUCGCCGGAGCUGCGGCCCGAGGCGCCCUGGAAGGCGUCGCCCACACAGGAGGUGCCAGAGUACCCAGACUUCUCUUACGUCACGCCGCCCUACCCCGCCGCCGCCACGCCCACGCCCACGCCCGCACACACGCCCACGCACACCAACACCAAGCUGCACGCCUUCACAUUCGACGCCGCGCACGACGCUCUUGGCCGCGACCAGCGUGUGCCCUCCCUGGAAGCAGGGGAGCUGCCCCCCUGGACCACAGACCUCUCCCCCCACCGCGCCGCCCCCUGGCUUCCCGCCCUCGACGACCCUCCCGUCCCCCUCAGGACCCUGCACCCCGCGGCGCUGUGAGCCUGUGUCCGUGUGUGUGUGUGUGUGUGUGUGUGUGUGUGUGUGUGUGUGUGUGUGUGUGUGUGUGUGUGUGUGCCACGGACGCCUGUGUCGCGCACACAGGCGUCUCGUCGGCCACGGCAGGAGGUAAGGAGAGAACACCCUAUCACCACUCCCCCCCACCCCCUCACACUCCCUCCCACACAGCCAUGCCUCCGCCAGGAGCGGCGGCACCAGCAGCCGCAGCAGCAGCAGCAGCAGGGCGGGGUGUGGGGCGGGGCGGGCUGUCUGUACAGACCCUUAGACCGAUAGACACCCCGAUAGAUACACUAGACCCAGAGAGAGAGAGAGAGAGAGAGAGAGAGAGAGAGAGAGAGAGAGAGAGAGAGAGAGAGAGAGAGAGAGAGAGAGAGAGAGAGAGAGAGAGAGAGAGAGACGGUGUGUGUACUAUAACAAUGUGCAAUCUUUACCCUGAGAGUUAUAUAUAAAUACACAAAAUAUAUAUCAUUCUAUUUACAUAAUGA